AUGGAGCCAUUUGUUUAUUUGCCCGAGUAUCCAUUUAUAUUUUGCCGCAAAUGCAAAAUCGGAUUUGUUACGAGCGAGGUUCCGCGUCAUUUAAAAGCCAAGCAUAGCGAGAUAUCCCGUCAGAAGAUAAAAAGCAUUAAGAAGGAAGUCGCAGCCAUCCAAGGCAUAGCCAGAAACCAGACCGAAUUAAAAGAUUGGGAGCCGCCGCCGCCGACCAUCCAGCCAAACCCGCAUAUUCAGCCCCCGCAGCAAGGCAAGUUAGGUUGCAACGAAUGUCCAUAUGUGGUCGGGGAGGUGCGCAGGAUGCAGGAACAUUGCCGCAUCAGGCACGGUUGGGUAAAUGAUUGGAAGAAGGGUGGAGACGUCCGAUACCGAGCCCAACAGGCACGUCAACCGUGCCCGUGGAGGACCGGUGUGCAAUGCCAACAGGUGUGCCAUUGGGGGCACGGUAAGCGAUGGUUCGAGGUCGGCCGUCACAGUGGCAUAGAGAAGGAGACGAGGGCGAGGAGGCCACAGCAAGAGGAGGCAGAAGAAGGGGACGAGUUGAAGAGCAGGGCCGAGUUUUUGAACAAGAUCCAGCAGGAAGAUAGGGAUCAGUUCGAGAGCGAGGCCAAUGCAAGAAUCCAGGCCGCCAGCGACAAGUGGGAAGCCGAGCGUUGGUUGAACCGGUGCGGUUGGCCGCGUUAUUUGGAAGGGGUUGAGCGUGAUGAGAUAAGGGCAUUAUUGCAGCCGAUCGGUGACGACGAACCAGUGUUGCAGCGUAUGUGGGAGAUAUUCGAGCGGGUUUUAGACGAGGCAUAUACCGCCACAAGUCGGUGUUUUCCCGGUACAGCCGAGUUGUUUGAGAUUGAGCGCAGGGAGGCAUCCAUCACGACGGACAAGCCGUUUCAGGGAUUAAUGGAGCCGGAUUCGUGGGAGCGAUACAAGGCGUGGUGGAAAACGUUGAUGUCGAUUUGGAAGCGGUUGGAGUCGUGGCAUGAUGGCCCCCGAGGCCAGCGGCCAUCAUACCGUAUGACGAUCCGGCAGGAGGAAUUGUGGAAGGCAUUUGACAAGGGCGUCACGCAGGUCGUCAACGGCACCGACAGGGACAGCCAAUAUACACCAGAGCGGUUGCAGCGCGAUUGUUUAGACGUUGUGGUGCAAUUUUUGGAUUAG